AGCGACUCUCCUCACUGCAUCAUGAAGACUCUUGUUCUGUUUGGCGUGAUUGCCGCGGCUCUCGCUGCCCCUGUUCCCGACGAGAAGGUGGUUGCUGUGCACCAUGCUGUAGCUCCUGCAGCGCUGCCCUACGCUGGCGCCGCUUUGGCCCACGCUGUGCCCUAUGGUGCCCCUGCUCUGACUCACGCUGUGGCUCCUGCUGCCUACGCUGCUCCUGCUCUGACCCACGCUGUGGCUCCCGCCGCAGUGUCCUACGCUGCUCCUGCUCUGACCCACGCUGUGGCUCCCGCCGCAGUGUCCUACGCUGCCCCUGCUCUCACCCACUCUGUCGCCUACGCUGCCCCCACCCCAGUGGCACUGCCCCCGGCCGAGGUCAAGGUCCCCGUCACCCGCACCCACGUCGAGGUCCCCGUCCACCAGAAGGUCCACUAUGGCACUCAGAGCUACGUGGCUGGCGCCACAACCACCAUCCACAAGCCAUCCCUGGCUGCGCCAGCCAUUGCCCCGCCCUCCACACUCCUGGCUAAGGUCAGCCACAAUGCCCCUGAGCUCACCAUCCAGCGCCAGGAAGUGCCCGUCGAGAAGCACACUCCCAACUUCGUUGACACUCCCUACCACGCUGGCACCAUCGUCAAGUACACCGAGCCCGAAGUGCGCGAAGUCAAGGUGCCCACCCCAUAUGCCCAGCCCGUAGCCGUGCCUCAGCCCGUGGCCGUGCCCCAUCCCGUGCCCGUGCCCCAAGCCGUGCCCUUCCGCCACACUGUCCACUCCGUGGCCGUCCACAACGCCGUGCCAGCCGUCCAUGCCGUGCCAACCGCCGUGGUCAAGGCUGACUAUUAAGCCUUGAAGCCGGCGCAAAGCCGCAGAUAUUCACGUCACACAAGAGCCUCUUCUGAUGUACAUUCUGUACCAUAUCAAUUUAUCAAUAAAUGUAUAAAACGCC